AUGGCAUCGGCUCACAUGGAAGCUGUUUCGAAGGGGACGCCGGAGCACGGAACUUCCGGGGUCAAGGACAUCGAGGAUGUGACGUCGAGACUGCAUGACGUGGCGUUUGAGGUUCUCUCAUCCAACAGGGCAGACGGAGACAGCGUGAACGCAAUCAGGUCGACUUUGACUUCUUACCUCGAGUUCAGCGAGCACCAUACCGGCAGGGAGGUUGUCAGCGAUAGAAGUUCCUGGGAUCACAAGCAGAAGAAGGAGGAGCUGCGGCACAUCCUUAGCCAGCGAGCUCCGAUCGAUGUCUUCUUUGAGAUCUCGAGGCUGCUGGAUGGGAUGAGGAGGAGGGAGUACGUGGCAGCGCAACUGAGGGCAAAGAUCUUGAAGAGACACAAAUUCCUUUCAGAAACGACGUCCGACCAGCUCUACCACCUGGACAUCAAGGAGAUGGACCUGAAGCGAAGAGUGGAGGAGAGAGACUUUGGGGUCAGUUCUGCAAGGAUAGACUCCCAAGAAGACUUGCUCAUCAAGAAGGUUGCUGUCUCCAUGGACCCUGUGACAAACCUUGUCCUCCAGAUUGCGCUUGGCGAAGGAGGCUCAGAUCGAGUUGUUGUCUUGUCAAGUCUGCAAGAGUCGUUGAAACUGGCCACUGCGGUCCCGAAGCAAAAGGACGUCUCCGAGGCUGAGCUACACAUCCUGACCGAUCGAGCAAAGGCGCUGGUGACUCUUUGCGAGAACCUCCGGGAGGAGUACCUGGACAGGAUGAAGCAGAACGGGCGCUCUCCUCGCUUAGAGCAGCUCUUUGCAAAGCAGAGGAAACAGUACGAAUUCCGCAACCUCCUUCAAAAAUACGGAUCGGCAUCGUCAAACUUAACUGCGAUUCUACAGUCACGCGUAUGCCUCUCCUUUCUCCCAGAUUCUCUUGUUGACGCCUUGUACAUAAAGAUCAGGUCAACUCUCUACAUCAGAAGCAAGUCAGCUCGUGUCCUGCAGCGCUCGAUCAGAUGCUGUGCAUGCCGCCUGCACUUCGUGGGCAUGGCGGGCGCUUGUAAGCUUCUGCAGGCGGUGACAAAGAGGUGCCUAGCUCCAGCACCAGGCGGGAUGGACGUGCAAUCUGUCUCGAGCAUGUCUUCGCGAUCCUUGCGGUCAGGAGUCACAGCCGGGGAUGGGGAGAUCCGAGAGGAAGGCGACGACAGCAUCGGCAUCGGCAUGCUUUCUGGUUCACAUGGGGACCUUUCUGAGGCCAUCAGAAGGAUUCAGGCAUUCGAACGCAAGGUGAAGCAAGCAGAUCGGUCGCAAGAGAAGAAGCUCCGGGACGAGCUACAAUCGUUGAAAGGUGGGUCCGACCAGCAAACUGCUGGUGUGAAUAGUUCCAACGUAACGAGCCUUGAUGAUGUGACCAGGCUCUUCAAUGCACUUGAGGUUCAGAUCGUCAACAUUAUGCGAGCCUUCGUCUAA